AUGACUUCGAUUGCGGUGGAAGUUUUUGAUGCCAAAAAUAUUAAUAAGUCGAUCGCCUACCUAGAAAAUAUCACUUCCGAUGAAUCAAUAGUGGGUAUCAAAAGUCGUCUGUCCCAAAAGCUUUCACUUCCUAUCAACCAAAUAGCUUUGCGGUUAGAUGCGAAAGGGAAGAAUUUGAAAGAUGACCUUGUUGUGCUGGAUCUCAAUUUGCCUUCGAAGGGUGCUCACUUAUAUAUUCGAGUUCUUGGGCCACAAAUCGGAUGGAAAACGGUUUUCCUCCUAGAAUAUAUUGGCCCUCUUGUGAUUUAUCCAAUUUUCUACCUGAGACCAACCGAGAUCUAUGGACCAGACGCAUCCCGAUAUCCUAUGUCUUAUGGAGUAAAACUUGCACUGGUUUGUUGGUCAUUUCAUUAUGCAAAACGUUUGCUGGAAACCCUCUUUGUUCAUCGAUUCAGCAAUGCAACAAUGCCUUUACGGAAUAUAUUCAAAAAUUGUGGUUACUACUGGGCCUUUACAGCAUUUGUCAGUUAUUUUAUCAACCAUCCGCUAUAUACCCUACCGUAUUUCGGUUUCGUACAAGUUGCCACAGGUCUUAUUGGUUUCGUUAUUUGUGAAUUCGGCAAUUUGUCAGUUCAUCUGCUUUUGAGAAACUUACGCCCCUCGGGUACUAAAGUUCGCAAAAUCCCAAUUCCAGAUAUCAAUCCGAUGACAUUGAUGUUCCACUUCGUAAGUUGCCCCAAUUACACUUACGAAGUGGGCUCAUGGUUAUGGUUUUCAUAUAUGACCCAAUCAUUACCAGCACUGAUUUUUACCUUUGCGGGAUUUCUCCAAAUGGCUAUAUGGGCAAAAGAUAAGCACCGUAAUUAUAGACGCGAAUUUCCAAAUUAUCCAAAACAUCGACGAGCAAUGAUUCCUUUCGUUUUUUAA